AUGCACAUGACGCUUCCUCGGUUUCAUCCUGCCAAUUUCGGCCAUCUCGACUCACCAGCCACACCAUCCUCGCCAGUGCAGAGCCCAGCCAUUGGAUUGAACCGGGUAACGCAACCCGUCGUGAUGGAGUCACCAAGACUGAUGCGUGAAAAGCAACGCGAGUUCAUCGAAAGGACUACGUUGUCGGCCAAGAUUGCAGCCUCCUCGAUGAGCAUCAAGCCUGGUGCACCACGGUUGGAUCCGCUGGGCAGCCCCAAAGGACCCGUCACGCCUCUGGCUCUCGAGGAAGGCGAUGACUACUUCCAAGUUGCUGGAGCAGGCAAAGUCUCGCCAGCAGGAAGCCCAGGUCCGGCAAGGAGUCCGCGGAGUGACGCCUCGCCGGAUCAGGAGGAAUCGAAGAAGAACAAGAAGGUCAGACACGCCGAUGUCUAUGAAUGA